AUGUUUAUUCUCCUGGCAUGUUUGUGUCUAAGGCCAGAUCUCUUGAAGUUUCCAGAAAGCGACAAGAACAUAAACAACUUGAGAACUGGCCUUAGCGCAAUGAAUUGUGACAACAUCGAGUGUCAUCGUGAUGUUGAUUCAAGUGUGCGAGAGUCAUUUCCACAAGAUCAAGAUGACAUUUCUACCGAAGAAUUUCCUGAAGAUGAGUCCUGCGAAUCAGAGAAUGAUGAACAGGAGGAAGAUGUUUCAGAAGAAGAGGAAGAAGAGUCAAGUAAUGCAGAUAAUUCUGAUGAAGAAUCAGAUGUGACUGAUGAAGAACAUCCAAGUGGACCUUCAAAAAAAUUCCUUCUCGACGUUGACGAUGAUUUAGAUCAACACCCGCAAUUCUCAAAGCAAGCACGAAUUGAUGCAAUUCUAGAGGCAGCUGCGGCAAGCAAAAAAAAGAAAGGUAAUCCUGUUCUUAGAAGCGCCACAGCUGCCCUUGAUGAAGCUGCUCAAACUAUCACCCGAAUGCGAAGUGACGCAAGUCCCCGUGAUAAAAAUUUAUUGUCUCGAACCCUCAUUGCUGCCUGUACCGAUAACGAUGUGAAUGCUGUAAGACGAUUAUUAGUUGAAGGAAACAGUUUAAAUGAAGCAACCGACGAUGGUGAUUCCCUCCUUUCACUCGCUUGUUCUGCUGGUUAUUACGAACUUGCUCAAGUCCUACUCGCAAUGUCAGCACAGGUGGAAGAUCGAGGACAAAAGAACGACUGCACACCACUCAUGGAAGCAGCAUCAGCUGGUCAUAUUGAAAUCAUUGAGCUUCUCAUUAAACAUGGCGCUGAUGUCAAUGCACAAUCAUCAACUGGCAACACCCCGCUAAUGUAUGCGUGUGCUGGUGGACAUGUUGAAGCUGUCAAAACAUUGCUUAACAAUGGAGCGAACGUUGAAGAUCACAACGAGAAUGGACAUACGCCACUUAUGGAAGCAGCUUCAGCUGGUCAUGUUGCUGUAGCUAAAAUCCUUCUCGAUCAUGGUGCUGGCAUAAAUACACAUUCAAAUGAAUUCAAAGAGAGUGCAUUAACAUUAGCUUGUUAUAAAGGUCAUCUUGAUAUGGUUCGUUUUCUUCUUGAAGCUGGAGCUGAUCAAGAACAUAAAACCGAUGAAAUGCACACAGCUUUAAUGGAAGCAUCAAUGGAUGGACAUGUCGAAGUUGCAAGACUUCUCCUUGAUUCAGGCGCUCAAGUCAAUAUGCCAACAGAUUCUUUUGAAUCGCCAUUAACAUUAGCAGCAUGUGGCGGUCAUGUUGAUCUUGCAAUGCUUCUCAUUGAGCGUGGUGCAAACAUUGAAGAAGUUAAUGACGAAGGAUACACGCCAUUGAUGGAAGCUGCACGUGAAGGCCACGAUGAAAUGGUUUCAUUGUUAUUGACACAAGGUGCCAACAUUAAUGCCCAAACUGAAGAGACACAAGAAACAGCAUUGACAUUAGCAUGUUGUGGAGGAUUUCUUGAAGUAGCUGAUUAUCUCAUUAAACAUGGUGCUGAUAUUGAACUAGGAGCGAGUACACCAUUAAUGGAAGCAGCACAAGAAGGACAUUUGGAUUUAGUAAAGUUUCUUCUCGAUAAUAAAGCUGAUGUUCAUGCACAGACGCCAACAGGUGACACAGCGUUGACUUAUGCUUGUGAAAAUGGUCACACAGAAGUUGCUGAAGUUCUUCUUUAUUUUGGAGCUGAAUUGGAGCAUUUAAGUGAAGGUGGACGAACGCCAUUGAUGAAAGCAUGCCGCGCUGGUCACAUUUGCACUGUCAAAUUCUUGAUUCAGAAAGGAGCCGAUGUUAAUCGUCAAACGACAAAUAACGACCAUACCCCACUUUCAUUGGCAUGUGCUGGUGGUCAUCAGCAAGUUGUUGAACUGUUAUUAGCUCAUGGAUCUGAUCCUUAUCAUAAGUUAAAGGAUAAUAGUACGAUGUUGAUUGAAGCAGCAAAAGGCGGUCACACUGGUGUUGUUCAAUUACUUUUGGACUAUCCAACUUCCAUCCCACCGCCUCAACAACAACAGCAGCAGCAACAGAAUCAACCAAUUUACAUACCAGCAUCAAUGCCACAUCAACAACCUCAACUUAAUUUAGCGCAGAUGAAACAUCAACAACAACAGCAGUUGAAAAUGCUUCAACAACAACAGCAACAACAACAUUUAAUGGCGGCACAACAAACACAACAACAACAGCAGUUUAUGGUGGCACCGCCUGGUCUGCACGAUGUUACAGAAGUAAUUCGUUUGCCAGAACCACCGGGAAUGUUUCAACCAUCACAAUCUGACGUCAACUUCAUCAUGGAUCCGAAUGUUGCGAUGGCGCAACAACAAACACCAUCCGAAUCUUCAAUCCUAACCCAAAUGAAACUCCUCCAAUCAGCUGGCUUUAAAGAUGGCCUCGCAUAUGGUUUAACGAAAGCACAAACAGCUGUUAAUCAAAUGGUCAAUCAACAACAAAAUACUAACAACAUGAAUGUGACAGCAGCAUGUGGUAAUCAACAUCAACCAAUGAUAACAAAUAAUCUCUGCAUGGCAUCAUCAUCGAAUAAACAGAAGAAUGUAUCACGUAAGAAAAGUUCGUCAGGUUCCUUUAAUGAGAGUCAACAACCGAUUGUUGAAGUGAGAAGUUCUGGUGUAGGUGAAGAAGACGAGAAUGUUACUUGCAUGAAGAGUACUCUUGAUAAGAAGAAUAUUCAAUUCAUCAAUGACUCAGGUCCACCACCAACAUUGUUGCCAUCUGGCACUUAUGUUGAUAUCACAACACCGGCCCAAGGAAAAGGAAACAUUUCCGUGUCCAAUCAAACCCAAACGAAUCAAAUUCAAUCGACAAAUAAAACAACAACUCAUAUUACAGCCAAGUCUGAAGUAUCGCAAGCAACUGCCAUCAGUGAUAGGCCAAAAGCAAAACCGAAGAUUUCUCGUAAGACAAAACUGGCACAAUCAGAGGUUCCAUCACAAACACUGUCAUCAACAUCAACUGAGUCGAAGUCAACACCUAAAGUUGAGUCCGAAAUUGCGACACAACAACAAUCGUCUUCGGAUGUUUCAAAAACUGAAGUAAAUCAAUCUGAAGUUGUUCCUCAAUCAUCGGUGCCUGAAGCAUCAUCAACGGCUAUUUCAAUGCCUGAUGAGAAGGAGAAAGUGAAUGAAGGCACGCGAGCUUGUGGUCUCAUUGACUUGGAAGCUAUUCAAAAGACUCGCUUCAAUAAUUUAUCAAAUCGUUCAGCACAUUGGGAUCCGAAAGUGUUUCGUAAAAUUGCCCAACUCAUUGAUCCGCCCAAAUCGCCAACUGAAACACCACCCGAAAGCUCAAACUCUUCAAGACCAAAUUCACCUGAUGCUAAGAAUCUUGCGAACGACAUGGCUGAGUUGACGCAUAUUUUCGAUCAUUUACCAGCUCUUCAAUCUUUAUCUAAUGAUUCGAGUCUACUUCAAGGGAAAUUUAAGAAACGUGAACCAUCCAAAGAAGAUUUGGAGAAAACACUCGCGACCCUCAGCGAAAUGAAUGCAAGUGAUUUUGUAUGUGAUGGAACGUAUCCGUCAUUGGAAGAGUCAUUAGAAUCCUUUAAUCCUGAUGAUGUUACGACAGUAAAUCAAGGUGAUGAUGCUCAUGGUCCGAUUUACAAUUACGAAUGGGUUGAUGAAGUUAUGCAAGCUUUGAAUGUUUCACCUGAUAUUUCGAAUGCUUUUCACGAAAUUGCUGCCAACAUCAACAAUCAAGACUUGGAACAAUAUGCAAACUUUUUCGGUCUUAAUCAGAUUUGUAAAACCAAAUGGGCUACGCCACAUUGGCCACCAACGCAACAUCAAUUAACAUCCGAAACAUCGUCGCCAACAAAUGAGAAUGAUGACAAUAUGAUGUUGAAUGAAAGCAGUGAUAUGAUGGAAGGAAAGGACGAAUCGAAUUUAUUGAUGGCAAUUGAUCAGUCAGAUUAUCCGCCACAAUUUACUGUCGAACAGCUUCAAUUCAUUUCUCAACUUCAGCAGCAUCAAUCACUCCUUCAAAUGGAUCCAACAACUCAAAAUAUUUUAAUGCCAGCUGGUGCAAACUUCCAAGUGCCAGCACCACCUGUCAUUGCAUCAUCAACAUCAAGCGGACAAACACAAAAAUCGCAAGCUGAUGCCCAACAGCAGACGAAAUUUGUGUUUAAUGUUGAUGGGGAUAAAGCAUCACAACAAUCACUUCAAUUAUUAUUUCAACUUCCUGAUGCUCAACUGCAGCAACAACAACAACAGCAGCAGCAUAUUAUGAAAGCUCCUGAUGGAAUGCAACCACAAAAGAUUCAUCAAAAUGUUGCACAAACACAAACAACGGCAACAAAUGAAAGUGCCCAACCGGUGGUGCCACUUCCAUCAAUUCUCACUCGAGAAGAAAAGUUAUACUUUCAAUAUGGAUACCAACAGCAACAGCAGUAUCAACAACAACAGCAACAUCUACAAAUGAUUCAUCAGCAAAAAGUUCCACCAUUUAUUACAAAAAAUCAUCAACAACAAGUUCAAGUUGCAACACAAACACAAAUGAUGGGAACACAAACACAGUCACAUGUUGAACCGGUUCCUCAUCCAGCAUCAUCAAAAUCAACAAAUGUUGCAUCAGCAGCAGGUGGAAAGAAAUCAGGUGGUAGCAAUGUUGGGGGCGGUGCAAAUAUUGAACAUCGCGAUAAGAAAGGUUUUACUCCAUUAAUUCUUGCAGCAACCGCUGGACAUGAGAAAGUUGUUGAAACAUUAAUUAAUAACGGUGCUGAUCUUGAAGCGCAAUCAGAACGUACAAAAGACACACCAUUGUCAUUAGCAUGUUCUGGUGGACGUUAUGAAGUUGUUGAUCUUCUACUCAAAUAUGGAGCAAAUAAGGAACAUCGCAAUGUAUCUGAUUAUACUCCAUUAUCAUUAGCAGCAAGUGGUGGCUAUGUUAACAUCAUAAAAUUGUUGUUAAAUCAAGGUGCUGAGAUUAACUCGAGAACAGGAAGUAAAUUGGGAAUAUCACCAUUAAUGUUAGCUGCAAUGAAUGGACAUACAGCUGCUGUUCGUCUGCUUUUAGAUAUGGGAAGUGAUAUAAAUGCUCAGAUUGAAACAAAUCGCAACACUGCACUUACACUUGCAUGCUUUCAAGGACGUCAUGAAGUGGUCAGCUUGUUAUUAGAUCGUAAAGCAAAUGUUGAGCAUCGUGCAAAAACUGGUUUAACACCUUUAAUGGAAGCUGCAAGCGGUGGUUACAUUGAAGUCGGUAGAGGUCUUCUUGAUAAAGGUGCUGAUGUUAAUGCAGCUCCUGUUCCAUCUUCACGUGACACUGCAUUAACAAUAGCAGCUGAUAAGGGACAUUUAAAGUUUGUUGAUCUUCUCUUGUCACGUCAUGCUGCGGUUGAAGUGAAGAAUAAGAAAGGAAAUUCACCAUUGUGGCUAGCAGCAAAUGGUGGACAUCUUGGGGUUGUUGAAGCUUUAUAUAAUGCAAAAGCUGAUAUUGAUUCACAAGAUAAUCGUAAAGUGUCAUGUUUGAUGGCGGCUUUUCGUAAAGGUCACAUAAAAGUUGUUAAAUGGAUGGUGAAUCAUGUCACACAAUUUCCAUCGGAUCAGGAAAUGAUUCGUUAUACGACAGUUGUUGAAAAGGAAGUUGUUGAUAAAUGUCAUGAAUGUGUGAAAAUAAUUCGUGCAGCAAAAGAAACGCAAGCUACGAAGGCAAAUAUGAAUGCUUCGAUUUUAUUGAAAGAAUUGGACAUGGAAAAGUCACGAGAAGAUGCUCGUAAAGCAGCUGCUGCUAAGCGUCGUGAAAGAAAGAAGAAACGAAAGCAAGAGAAACGUGAAGCACAAAGAAAAUUAAAUGGUAAUGAUUUGCAAACAGAAAAGAAUGCAAAUCAUCAUCAAAAAGGAAAAGGUCGAAAGAUUGAUGAACCAGAUUCAGAUGAUUCGGAAGAAGAAUCAAACGAUGAUGACGAUAAUGAAGAGAUUGAAAGUCCACCAGUGUUGAUGGAUAAAGAAGAAGGCGACUCAGGGAUUGAUCAAGGAUCAUGUUCAUCAUCUGAUGCGAAAGGUGCAACGUCAAAGAAUAACAACAACAACAAUAAUAAUCAAGUUGAAGUUGAAAAUGUCAAUCAAAAUGGAAAAAAUCAAAAGAAUCAAAAACGUAAGAAAAAUCAAGCAGAGAAUGCUGUUCAAUCAUCAAAGCCUUCAAAUGGUGGUGGUGGUGGCAAAGCUUCAUCCACAAGAUCAUCAAGCAGUCCAGCGCCUGUUUCAAAAGCAACAUCAGCUGCAAUCGAAUCAAUGAAUAAAAGUUCACGUGAAGAUUCAAAACGUAAUCGUGAUCAAAAGAAUCAAAGAUCGGCUGAUUUAACGAUAAAGUCGAUAAAGCCGAUCGAGAAGGAAAAUGUUGCACCAAAAGAAACGUCAAGUGGAAAAUCACCGCGUGAUUUAAAGAACUAUGAAAAUACAAGAAACAAUCAACAUCGAAAGUCUUUGGUUUUUGGAACAUCAUUGACAACUGUUACAUCUUCAUCAUCAACAACAGCACCGCAAUCAUCAUCCAUGUCAUCGUCAGCAAACGAAAUUGGUUGUAAGAAGAUUCAAGUUCCAUUGAAUGCGAUUUCUCGUGUUAUUGGACGUGGCGGAUCAAACAUCAACACAAUUCGAGCUGAAACUGGUGCACAUAUUGAAGUUGAGAAACAAGGAAAGACUCAAGGCGAUCGUUCAAUUACAAUUAAAGGCGUUCCAGAAGCAACAAAACAAGCACACAAUUUAAUUUCAACAUUAAUUAAAGACCCAAAUGCUGAUAUUUUGAGUAUGCUUCAACGUAAUAAUUGUCAACAUCAACAACAACAACCACAGAAAUCUUCAUCAAAUACAAAUAUCGUUACACCAGCGAUAGUUCCAGCGAUUGUCCCAACAACAAUUGCUAUAAAUAACGGGACGAGUGUUUGGGAGAAAAGCCUAAACACUUUUCCAACUGUUAAAAAUCCAGUAAAACCAGCUGGUGCUUCAUUCGCUGCUGCAGCUUCUAAAAUUUCAGCAUCAUCAAAUGUUGGUGGUAUUACAAAGCCAACGACUCCUACACAUCUCAAUAACAAUAGCAACAACAGUAAAUCUCAUCAACAACGACCAUUGGUCGCUAAGAAUCUUUUUACAACAACAUCAGCAUCGUCAUCGUCAUCAACAAAUGCAAUUAUGCGACCAACACCAAAAGUUGAUAACUCGAAGAAAGGGAUGAUGGCAACAAAUGGUCCACCAUCAAAGCCAGCAACAUCAAUUGCAACAUCAAUUCAAGCAUUGAAGAAUUCUAUUGGAAAUUCAUCUGCUGUAACAUCUCAAGCGUCGUCGUCAUCGUCGGGAACAUUUGCGUCGAAGCUUUGUGGUUCAAUUGAUGAAAGAAAAUCUUUAGGAUCAUCACCAACAAAACAAAUGUCAUCGUCUGUUUUACCAGCACCAUUUGCAAACAGUUUAUCAUCAUCAACUGUUGGUGCUUUAACAAAUUCAUUCUCAGAUUCAAUUGUUUCGACAUCAACUUCAACUUCGACUCUUACACGUUCAAUUACGCCAAUUGGACCACCAACAAGAAAUGUUAAUGCAUCGCCACAUUCGUCGCAUAUUGUCAACACAUUGGAUCUUAGUACACCAUAUAAUAAUAGCUCUGAUCAUCAUCAGAUUCAAACGAAACUUGGUGAUCUUCAUGUAAGCAACCCUCAAGGUUUAGAAUAUUCAUUAUUCGAUAAUUAUGGAAAAUGGUCGCAAGAUAAAUCACCGAUGGUGUUUAAUCCAAUGAAAGUGACAACAUCUUUCAUAGAGUCAGAACCAUCAAAGGCACCUGGUUAUCGUGGAACUUCAAUUAAUUCACCAGUAAGCUCAUCAAAGACAUCAAGUAAUUCAGCUACACCACCAUCAACACAAGCACCGAAUAUAACAAGUGUUGCAAAUGUUAAUCCAACUUCUUAUGGUGAUUUGAAUGCUGUUAUAAAGCCGAUUGGUCAAGGUCCAAUGCAGUCAUCAUUGGGACCGCUUCAAAGGCCAUCUGGUGGCGGUAAUGGAAACAAUCGAAUGGAUUUAAAUUUCGCUCGUGGUCCUGGUUUGUUUGACUAUGGAAAUUUUGAUUAUGGAAUGAACCAAACAAAUGUUAAUGCAUCGAUGUCAAGAUUAAAUCCAAAAGCAUCAGCUUUUUCAUCAUCAGCUGUUGGAGGUGCAACAUCGUCAUCAACAUCAUCAUCAUCAUCGAUUGGUGGUGGAGUUCAAAAUCAAAAUAAAAUGAAUGCAACUCAAUUUGGAACUUCAUUUAUGCAACCACCAAGCAAUAAUAAUAACAAUAAUAACAGUUUUAUGAAGUCACCAGGUGCUGGUGGUGGUAAUUCAGGACAACAGAAUUAUCAAAGAUCAUCAGUAAAUCAACAACCAUCGUCAUCAUCAUCAAGAUGGUUCCAAGAAUAUGGAAAUUAUGGUGGUGGACAAAGUGGAAUGGAUUUUACUGGUUCGUCACCAUCAAUGUCACCAAAUAACAAUUCUCAACAACAGCAACAACAGCAGUCGUCUGUAAAUGGUCCGAUUGAUGAUUCUCGCAAAGCGCCAGCGCCUAUUGGCAAUGAAAGAAAUUAUAAGAUGACAACAAACUUUUAUAGUGGUUCAAGCGGUGGUUAUGGUGGCCAGAAUUUACUAGAUAUGGAUGCUAGUGCUAUGAUGACAGCUCCGUCAAUGGCACCGGGAAGAAAUUCAUGGAUUGAUAAGAACCAACAACAGCAAUGGCAAAUGCAAUCUAACAUCUCUGUUGUUCCACGUGGACACUAUGACCAACCAGCUGAAUUUCCCAUGCAAGAUAUUUUCCAAUACCAAAUGGAUACAACACAACAGCAGAUGAACUACAUGAGAGGUGUCAAUGGUCAAGCGUCUUUCCAUCCAAGCGUUCCAUAUAUUGGUGGUAGUGGUGAUUUGACAAAUCUCUCUACAGAUUUGCAGCAAACACCUUAUGAAUUUGAUAAGCAGCCAUGGCCAGCUAAAUGGACACAUUAAACAACAACACAAAUCCAAUUAUUUCUUGCUUCUAUCUUCGUCACAACACAAAAAAAAGAAAAAAAAUUAAAAAAAAGUUUUUUUCUAUCAUCGUGAAUCGACCAACGACUCCUUAAUCAAGUUUUGAGUUUUCACGAGUCACUUAUAAGAAAUUCUUCUCAUAAAAAAUAUAAAAGAAUAAAAAAAAAGGUUUAAAGUUUGUUCUCAACGCGCAAGAGGAAGAAAAAAUAAUGAUGAUGAUGAUGAUGGCAGUAGUGAUGAUGCAUGACUACUAAAUUUUUGUUUAUGCUACAUUAUUAAAAAUAGCUCCCCAAAACUUUUCAUACUACUGGUAGGACUUAAAAGAAAAGUGAAAAACAUUUUACGUAACAGAAAAACACAAAAAGAAAAGUGUAGAUUUUCGUUUUUUGUUUUUUUCUCAGCAUGAUGAAAUUUUUUAUGCUUAUUUUGCUCUUUGAAAAAAUCAUGGUUGAGCAAAAUUACAACAACAUGAUAUAAAAGCUUUUUGAUGAAAAAAAAUCUAUUUCUUUGGUUUCGUACCGAAUUUGAUUAAAUAUGAGUCGACUAUUAAGCAUAAAAGCUUGCAUUAAGAUAGAGAUUUUUAUGGGUAACGAUUUGAAAGCUUUUUGACGAAAUAUGAUUCUUUGAACAUAAAAAAUUGGGCAUAAAAACGUUCAUUGAAUUGUUUUCUGAAUUAAGCUUAAUAUCAAACACAUAAUAAAACAUCUCUAAUGGCUUUCAACAACAAUUCAUUCUUCUAAUUUUCUUACAAGCCGAUUUUUAUCUAAAAAAAUGAAACUUCAUUCAACUUUCAGAAAUUAGAUAAAAUUUGCAAGAAUAAAAGUACGCUAUAGUCUUUCCUGGGCAAAAACAAGGAAUUUAAAGAUCACAAAUGAGAAGAAUUACAUUAAAAAUUGAAUUAUAAUGGAAUUAAAGGAUACUAUAGUAAUAACAAGCAAGAAAAUAUAUUCAAAAAAUGAUAAAAAUAAAA